AUGCACGGAUGUCUUGACCUCAGCAAGCUUCCAAAGACUUCCCGCAUCUCAUCCGUUAGGUUCCGAAAACAAACUCCUGGCUCUCUACCGCUUCCUGUCCACCGCCCCCUACUUCCCUCCCAGCGUCUCGACCCACACCAUCCCAUAGACAAUGAUCAAAGACGGAAGGUGAUUUUGAAGCUUACCGCCCCUGGCUUUGAAUUCGGCGCCAUUCCAAUGGGGUUGCUCGCUCAACCGGGAGUAACACCGCGUCGUAAUGGGACUCAAGAUGUUCGUCAUAGGGCAUUUAUAGACUUGCCGUUUGACCCAUGGUUCAACCGGGUCGCGCGGGCACGGGCAGCAGGCGGAAACAAAUCAAUCGAACCAAUGCUACCAGUCAAUCCUCAGCCAGGAACUGUGACCAUGUCGCUACAACUCCGGCCAAUGGCGAAAUUCACCAAGCAUCAUCGCCAUCAGGUCGUCCGUCGCUUCAAAUCCGCCAUUUCCCUCAUUGUAGUUCGCGGCGCACACGCGGAAGUGGACAACGGUCGACUGACUUUGGUCUACGACCCUGACCACUCGCCUGAUCAAUGGCUUCUCCCAGGCUGGACUUACUUCCUACAUUGGUCUAUGGCGUUGUAUAGAAUGCCGUAUCCAGAGCUCAUCAAGCACCUGCGUCCAAUGCUCAGCCAGAUUUUUCAACACGGGUCGAAAGUAGAGCGUCGUUGGGCGGAUAUCACAUCCUCCAUGAGAAUUCCAGUUCCGGUCUCAACCAAGGUCGUGCGACCUCACUCAGAGCAGGCCCCGGACCCUGAUUUCAACCCCUUCUCAACACUCCCAAGUGUUUUCCAAACUGGAGAUGGUGUUGAAUCACGCUCUCGACAAUUAGCCCAUGCUGAUACCGAUUCCGAAAUUCCUUCAAGCAAAUCACAAUACCGUCAAUCUGCUGCACGAGAAGAACAUGACAACGCUCGACCUUUGCAUUGGACCAAGCCUGGCCGAAAAACUAUGUUUGGAUUGCGUGAAGAGGACUCCGAACCUCCGAAACAACAGUCUCGCACAUUCAAUGAUGGGCCAGAAAACGGCACGGAAACUUUGCGAGACGCCAUAUUCUCUGCAGUCAAUAUGCGAUUUUCCCGCUCUUCGACAUCCAGUGUGGACUCGACAACGCAAGACUCGAUUUUUGAUCUGCUGAGGAAACACGAAACUGCGAACUUUGAUAAUAACAUCGAAGGCGAAUCUUCAGAAGCACUGCAAGAUUUGUCGUUUGAGGAGAUUAGCCAGCGUUUCGAUGCCGCAUCUGGUGUGCUAGAUAAUGGAUUGGACCCAAAAACGCUCGAAACAGAGUUCAAUGUCGACGAGCAUGACGCGCUUGGCUUCGUCAUCUCACAAGAAAUGAAAGCUGCUUGGGACAGUGCGGGUGAAGGGGGGAAUGAGGAUCACAAUGAGAAACCCGACAAGCUAAGCUUCGAACUGCAGUCAGGUGGAGGGAUCGCGCCUCAAAGGAGAAGACCGACGAAACGGACCCCCAACAGCUGGAUCGUAAAUCGCAAACCAUUGACCCAAAGACCGACCAAUUCCGGGUUCCCUGUCACUUCAACAGAGGAGGAGGAAGCUAUCGCGAAGCGGUUGGCCGCAGUCGGGGAGAACAAUUCGAUAUUUCGGCCUCAUCCAAAAGCCAAAUCUGGCUCAUGGGGUUUGAAAAAGCUCCCCGAGAACGCAGGGAUAACGAAGGCUCCUCAUCUCACAGCAGACAAAAAGUUACCUGCGGCACCACCUACACCGCAGAAGACGAUAGAGAGCCAAGAGGAUCGAUUAAGGAAAAUGCUUUUCCGCGCGGGGAAGGGUUAG